AUGAUUGGAAACGGCGUCCUAAUCCCAGACACUCCUAUCGCCAUUGAUUAUUGGCGGGAACGCCAAUGCAACCAAAGCAAGCUCUUUUUCCUCUCACAUUAUCAUGCAGAUCAUAUGGAAGGGCUUAAUUCAUCAUGGUCGUUGAAAAUCUAUUGCUCUGAAAUCACUGCUUCGUUAUUAAUUCAUGAAAUGUCAAUCCGAUCUGACCUAGUCGUAUCACUACAAACUGGCCAACCUCAUGUUAUACCUGUCGAUGAGAUGGGUUGUGAAACCAUGUCGGUUACUCUUUUAGAUGCAAAUCAUUGCCCGGGUGCAGUCAUGUUUCUCUUUGAAGGCUAUUUUGGCUGUAUCUUGUAUACUGGUGAUUUUCGCUAUGAUGACCAAUUACAUUUACAACCUGGCUUUCCGCAAUCUAAACAGGUCGAUCAAUUAUUCUUAGAUAAUACUUAUUGCAAUCCUAAAGCACAAUUUCCUACACGUCAUGAUGCUUUUCAAAUCAUCUUGAAUAUUAUCCAACAAAAUCCUACUUCGAACGUUAUUAUCGGUCUCACACAUCUUGGUAAAGAAAAAUUAUUAGAGCAAUUAGCUGUGAAAUUGCAAACCAUGAUUGUUGUUGAUUCUAAACGAAUGCAACGGUUAAAUUUAUUAGGCUGUUUAAACGUUUUCACCGAUCAAAUGGAUAUGGGCAGAAUUAUAGUCAAGUAUAAAAAUGAAAUUACUGAUUCUACUAUUGAAAGAUGGAAUCAACAAUCUGGUCCAACUAUAGCGAUUAUACCAACAGCAUUAUAUAUUUAUCAAGAUCGACCUCCUAUUCUUGAUAAACGCAUCUAUGUCGUCCAUUAUUCAGAUCAUUCCAACUAUAAUGAAUUAAGACAAUUUGUUAGUGUUGUAAAGCCAUGUCGUAUUACACCCAUUAUU